AUGUCCUCGAAAACAGAUAUAAUUAAAACGAAGACUGUUCGGGUUUUCGAUUUAGAUGAUUAUGAGAAGUUGCUCCGAGGCAUACAAGUAGCAGCAUGCAUGAUUACAGAGUCACAUCAAAUCGUUGACGAACAAAGUGUGAUAAAACGUCUCAAUGCCUUAACAAUAAAUGGAGCAAGUGAUGGAAACUGUUGUUCAUGUUGUGGUGUUGGUCCUUUUGAAACCAGAGCCCAACAAACUGCACAUUAUAAACACCAUUGGCACACCCAUAACUUGAAACGGAAGCUGUUUGGGAAGGGUGCUUUAACAUUGGGACAAUUCAACUCAAGACACGAUGACAAUUCAAGUGUAUCAGGCAGUGAUUCAGAAACAGAAAGCACUAACUCAACACCGGCCAGUGACUUAUUUGCAGCUGCAACAAGACAUUGUAAAGCAUUCUUUACAAACAAAACUGGCCAAGUAUUUUGUAUAUACAGAUGUAUUUUGCAUCAUAAGAAGGAGGAACUGUCAACAGACGGUGAGGGCUUUGCAUGGAUAGAGAGAUGCCAGCGACUUACAAUACCAGGGUACCAGCGUUGGGCAGUGCUCAUGGUGUCUGGAGGUCAUUUUGCUGGAGCGAUAUUUUCUGGUGCUGUUCCGGUAGUACAUAAGACGUUUCAUUCAUACGUGACUAGAAGAGGACAGGGACAGGCUCAAAGCGCAAGGGACCAGCAUGGAAAUAUGCCUCGUUCAGCCGGUGCCAGUCUACGAAGGUAUAACCAGGCUCAGUUCUUGGAGCAUGUACAAGAAAUAAUAUCAGCGUGGUCGGAAGAUUUAAUAGGCUGCUCCUUGGUGUUGUAUCGUGCGGUCGGUUCGACUAACCAAGCAGCAAUAUUUGGAAAGAACUCGCCUUUAAAAAAAGAAGAUUUGAGGAUUAGGGUACUUCCGUUUCCUACGAGAAAACCCACUUAUAAGGAAGUUAAAAGAGUACACGAUACUGUUGCAAGCAUAGAGGUUUAUGAUACAAUGGAAUUAUUCCAGAAAGCUCUAAUUGCGGCUACUGGUAAGCCAAAAACGGGCGCAGAUUCAAAUAUAGAACGCAAAAAGCCCCAGAAAAGUCCAGGGAAACCGAUAGAUAGGGCGAAGUCUCGCGAGCGAACACCCAGAGAACUACCCACCCAAAUGAUGUCCAGUGAAGAUGAAGGUCCGUGUUUCAUAGAUUCUGAAACUCCAGUUGGCUGGAUAAAAACUCUAUCGGAACAAAGUUCCAAAGGCGUCAUAACCAACUCGAGGAAAGACCUGCUCAUAGACAAUAACUCAGUUAGCGCGAACAGCUCUUGCAGUGAGGAAAACAACGUCGAAGAGAAGAAGAUUAAAAAGAAAAAGAAGAAGAAACCGGAAGAGAAACAGGACAAAGUUAAGAAGGUGCACGUGAAGAUUCCGACGAAUGUUAAGAAGAUGUGGAAAACGAUAUCAAGCAUAGAAAAUACCCUAGACACCAUUUUGGAAGCCUGGGAGGGCGAUUUGGAAGAGGCUUGUAAUACGCAAGACCCGAAUGAUGGCAACACAGCACUGCAUAAGGCUGCAAUCGCUGCUAAACCAGAUAUGGUGACUCAAAUCCUCUCUGCUGGUGGCAACCCCUGCAUCAAGAACCACCAGCUUCAAACACCCUACGCGGCGACCCCGCACAACGACACUCGCAUCGCCUUCAGAAUGUUCCAAGCUCAGUUCCCAGAUAAAUAUAACUAUAAUAAGUCCCAAAUACCGGGCCCUCUGACCCCCGAAAUGCUUGAGUUGGAGAAAGAGAAAAAGUUGCAACAGAAACGCGCGAAGAGACAAAGGGAGAAGGAGAAACAAGCGGAGAAGAAUAAGAGUAAUUAUUUCCUGCAAUUGCCUGAUGCUCAGAAGGUAAAAGCCGAAAUGCCGCGAUGUUUCCUCUGCGGUUCGAGUCUGCCAAAGGUGCCCUUCGAAUACGACUCCUACAAGUUUUGCACCAUCAAAUGUCUACAGAACCACAGGAAUGUGAGGCCGUUGCAUAAAAGUGCUUGA